AUGUCUACUAUUCCCCCACCCCGCGCCGUGGUAACCUCGCACACCGCCUCCGGCACUGCUAUCAUUUCCUCGGAUUCUCAACUUCCUCUAUUUCAUCCUUUUGGUCCUUCGGCCUCGGGUUUCACGACCAUUCACACUCUUCCUUCUCUCCCUGCCUCCCUAAUUACUCCUAUCAACCCCAAUGUCGAACAAUCAAUCCCUCGUCCACCUCCAGCUGGUUUGGUAGUUUGCACAACCGAUUUUCCUCCCCAUUACGUUACCCCCACUCAUCGAACCAUCACCUGUGACUAUAUGAUUAUCAUGAAAGGUGAACUUGUCCUACAUGUUGAUGAGGGAAAAGAAACCGUUUUGAAGGAGGGAGAUAUCUGUGUCCAGAGAGGUACAAUGCAUACUUGGGAAAACAGAACUGAUGAAUGGUGUCGCUGCGUGUGUGUUAUGGCCGGUGGCGAAAAGAUCGUCAUGGCGGAUGGAAAGACGUUGGAGCAAAGUUAUACUGCACCAAAGCCCAAGAAUUAG